AUGACUAGUCGCAACUAUGAAUUCCCUACACAGUUAGGAUCCACUAUACCUGCUAACGAACCCCACGCCGUGUCUGUUAACCUCCCCAAAUGGAAGGAUAACGUUGACUACGAAGAAGGCGCUGAACGAGUCUUCUCCAAGAUGCAACUGGGUUACCCUAGAUUCUUUAUCCAUCCCACCAUUCAAAAACUUGCAAAGCGAUUGCUCGAAAAAUUCGGCUCACAGGAUGAGUUGAACUUGCUGCUUCCUUCGGGCAAUGCCGCCAGACGAUGCCGUGCUUUCAUGCAACGAUACUAUGGAGCUGAGAAGAAGCUCACGGUGAAUGAUAUUCGAAUUGCUGAGUUUGAGAUCUCACCGACCUCAACCACAAGCGAAAUGCAAAAUGUUCCCAUUUUCAUUGUCUUGUUCCCAAGCGAUGCUUUCAAAUUUGCAAAGACUUUCUGGCAGCAUACAGGAGAUAUCAUUUCCUCGAGAAUGGCAGAAUAUGCAUUGAGAAUCCUUGAUGAGAAUGCCGAAAUUGAAAUGAAGGCUGGAUCCAAUGGUUCUCCUGAACAACUCCACUUUGCUCCAAAGCCGAAAUCCCGAUCUCACAGACACUAUUCUCGCAAAGGACCCGAAGUCCCGGCUACACCGGAUGUCGAAACUCCAGAUCAUGAACAUUUGACCUACGUUGAGGAGCGUUAUGGUCGAAACCUUAAUCUCAAGUUUGCCGACAAGGCUAAAGUUGCCUUGCGUCGUCGUAUCGCUGGAGUUAUGACCGAAUCAGAGCAAACCAUGAAAGUUGAGGAUUUGGAGGAGAGCUUAUCUGUUCUUGAUGAACAGAAAAAGCGCCAAGGCGAAAGAGGUGUGAUUGGAUUAUCCGAAUCCGACGUGUUCCUCUUCCCAUGCGGUAUGAGUGCUAUUUUCAGCGCUCACCGAUUCGCUAUGGGUGCACUCGAUGCCACACGCAAAAGUAUAUGCUACGGAUUCCCUUACACUGAUACUCUUAAGAUUCUUCAAAAGUUUGGACCAGGAUGUAUCUUUUAUGGAUUAGGAGAGGAGAAGGAUAUUGAUGAUAUACAAGCCCGCCUUGAAGGCGGUGAACGCUUCUUGGCCCUCUUCUGUGAAUGCCCCUCCAACCCUCUGCUAAAGACUCCCAACUUGCGACGUUUGCGAACUUUGGCUGAUAAAUACGAUAUUUUGAUUAUCAUCGACGAAACCAUUGGCAACUUUUCAAACAUCGCCGUACUCGACAUCUCAGACAUUGUUGUCAGUAGCUUGACAAAGGUGUUCUCUGGUGAUAGUAAUGUCAUGGGUGGCAGUCUUGUUCUCAAUCCUAAUAGAAAGCACUAUCAAGAACUCAAAGACUACAUGUCCACCGAGUAUGAAGACUUCCUUUGGUGUGAGGAUGCCAUCUUUUUGGAGAGAAACUCUAGAACAUUCAGGGAGCGAUGCCACCAAAUCAACGUGAACGCAGAGAUUUUAUGUGACUUCCUUAAGAACCAUCCUCAAGUUGACGAUGUGUUUUAUCCAAAAUAUGUCUGCAAGGAAAAUUACGAAGCAUUCAAAUGCCCUAGUGGAGGGUAUGGCGGCCUUUUCUCCGUGGUGCUUAAAUCAGAGAAAGCUGCCAUUGCUUUCUACGAUGCUUUGGAAAUCGCAAAGGGUCCGUCACUGGGUACCAACUUCACCCUGGCCAGCCCCUACGCUAUUUUGGCUCAUUAUACCGAACUCGACUGGGCUUUGGAGUUUGGUGUUGCCCGCCAUUUGAUUCGUGUUAGUGUUGGUCUUGAAGGCGGCGAAAGACUGCUUAAUAUUUUUGGAACAGCUUUGGAUGCCAUAGAAUAA